CGGAGGCCUCAGUACCGCUCGAGCUAGCGACGCGUCAAGAUCCGAAAAACUUACACUGCGCGACCGUUACACUUUGUGCUGGGAGCGAUCGAACACUAAUACACUUACCAACGAAUUUCCCGCACAUCGAAGAGAUUUUCCCUCCCCAUUGAACUGUACCUGAAAAGUUGCGUAUUUGGAGUUUUGGAAAAGUGCAAACAAAAACUAAUUGGAAAUGCAGUACUCGAGCAGUUCGGAAAAUUACUCAUCCUCGUUGCGGGACAAGCCUUCGAAGUGGGGCAGGAACGACAAGAACUACGCCUACAAGAAGUCAUCCUACCAAUACUCAAGCUCUGGCGACAACAGCGUUUCGUACCAGGGCAAAUCCGCCGACCAGAACAUAGACCAACUGGACGCCCUGCUGGAGGACCUGAAGCAGGAACGCCAGAUCACCACCAGGGAUCGCGAUCUGCUGCCCAGCAAUGGAACGACCUAUAGGACACUUGAACGCACUGAUCCUUCGGGCACCGUAACGAGGACUACGCGAGUGGUCAAGACCAGCAAACACUCGGGCUCUGGAGGCCAACAGCCCUUCAUCGAUGAUGUGGAGACCUUUAAUCCCACCGAUUAUAGCACCCUUCAAUCGACGGCCAAGUACUCCAGCUUGAAGAGGGACGAUUACCAGACCAAGGAGAAACCUUAUACUCUGGCCCACUCCCCCGGCGGCGGACGCUUCGAGAGCCAGUCGAAGAUCUACGAGAGCAAUCGCACCAUUAACAACAACGUGGAGCUGCUGCCCGCGACGAGCAGCACCCACCAGACGUUGACCAGCGGCACCACCAUCGACAAGGAGCUGCAGGACAUCGCCCUGAGCGAUGGCAUCCUGCCCGCUCCGGGCACCAAGGUGACCACCACGGUGCGGACCUACACCUACGAGAUUCCGGCCACAGGACCCGGAAGCAACACCAGCACCAUUAACCGCACUCACACGCUGAAUAACACGCUGAACAACUCGAACACCCUGAGCAGCAGCUACAAGCUCCACGAGAGCCACAACUCCAGCCAGAACUUCUCGCAGUUGUCGCCGAUCCCGGCUCAGCCCCACUCCCAUGUGCCCCAGACGGUGGUCUACAACACGGAGAGCUACUCCACGCUGAACAGGCCCAACGAUCGGCCGGUAGUCAGCAACCAGUCGUACGAGAUCCGGGAGCACAAGGAGACCACCACCCGCGGCGUGAGCCCCCAGCCCCGCCAGCUGCCGUUGGGAUCGGGUCCGGCAGGAACUCCGCCGGGCAGCCGUACGGUUAUCUACAACAUCCACAAGACGGACAACGUGAGCACAGUCAAUGAGCUGCCGCCCCAGCAGCGCUAUCCGCCUGCCCACAGUCCCAACUACGGAGGACCGCACAGUCCACCACUGCAGCCGGGCGUGAAUCGCUACUACUACAAAGAGACGGAGACCUCGAACACGGUCAACAGCAUCCACGGACCGCCCAACGGCGGACCCUACGAGCCGGGUCUACCCCAGUCCGCUCCCCUGAAGCAGCUGCCACCCAGCAGCGCGUAUCCACCACAGCAGCCAGCCAAUGGCAACGGUUAUCCACCGAACUCGACCACUUACAGCUACAAAUACUCCUCGACCACCAACACAAACAACCGACGUGGUCCGGACUACGGCUCGCCAUCCCCGUUCCCCGUGGACGGAGUCGAGUAUCCAGUCAACAGCAAUCCUCCCCAGCGGGUGGACGACUUGAUGCAGACUUUCGCAACUACCACUGACCAUGUGGAUCGCGUGGACAUCGAGACUCCAGUGCGCAAGCGCGAAAUCGAGACGGCGGUGGCCUCGCCCAACCAGCAGCAUGUGCCCUCCGUGAACAAGGCGGGCAAGGAGGUGUACUAUCCGCCAGGACACGACACCAUCGUCAUGAAGCGCGAGGAGAUGCAUGCUGGAUCUGCCUCGGGCGGUCGCUGGGCCAAGGGAUCCGGAAUGUACGAGUACGAGUCCGGCUCGAAGUCAAAGACGAAAACCAAGUCCGGCGGCGCCGUGGUGCCAGUGUGCCUGCCCCUCUGCUGUGCCAUGCCCUGCUCCAUCAUGUAAAGGGGCGGCCGCGGCCCGAGUAUCUUGUAUAUAGGUUUCUAAUAUUUGCCGUUAAUAGGUCUAACGCUAAAUCCUGCCCCGCGUCUUUAAUUGCUCUCUACCAGGUCGUCUAACUUUAAUGGGGUUUGCUUGUCAAUUGGUUGCGCGCUAAUCUCUAAUCAUAAUCGUUGUAAGCGUAAUUUGUUUGCCAAAUUUUCGUGUCUAUAUAUCUAUACGUUAUUGUCUAUGUAUAUAAUUUGCCAAGCGUCGUUAUCUACAUCUAUGGACUGUUAUACUUUUCGGAUUUGGUAGUUCGCCCCAACUUAGUUUGCUCAAAAUUGUUGCUCAAGCAUUUAAAUUUCGCCAGUGGGAUGCCCAAAAGUUUACUCGAUGCCAAUUGUUUUAACUAUAAUUUGCAUACCGCAUACCAAACACUAAUAAAUGAGCCGUGGAAUCCAAUUCCCCCUAUUAUUCGUUUCGCCAGCGCCCCCGAAUACCCACUAAUCAUAAACCAUAAUCGUAACUGCGACCUAAAAGGUAACCCAGUCGUCGCAGAGCCAUAAAAACUAUCUCUAAUACACGUAGUAACCAUAAUAAAAAACGAGAUCUAACAAACGAA